UCAAUUUGUAUUGUUGGUGACAAAUUUUUUUGAAAGAUCGAAUUUCUUGGAUAUGGGUUUUUCCUCAUGUGAUCUUGUGUGUGGUUGAAUGUGAAAAAUCGACCGAAUAUGACAUAGAAAGAUUAACAAAAAUCAAUACAGGAAAGAACUUGUGCUAAUUGUAAGCUAGUGCUGGUUGAUUGUGCAGGCUCUUGGAAAGUUUGUGACUUUAAGUAUUAACUGAGAUCAAAAAGGACUUGGAUAGUUUCAUACAGUGAUAAACUUGGGUGGAUUGAAAAGGGUGCACAGAAGCAGUUGUGUUGGUGUUUCUCUUCCUAGUGUAAUUUCUUAUUUCUCAGUGUUAAUUCUUCUUGUGUUGAGAAAAAAGGGCUACAAUGACAACUGUUAUGGCUGACAAACAGAGAGAUAUAUGUGAUUUACGUGAGGGAGACAUGGAAAUCAGGCCAUGGGCUGAUCUCCAUAUAGAUAUUUUAAAUGAGAUCAAAGGUCGGCUUUCCCUCUUCGAUCAAUUUCGUUUUCGUGGUGUCUGCAAGCCCUGGCGAUUAGCAAAACAUGGCAAACCUGCACAUAAACUACCUUGGCUGAUGACUUAUGAUUUGGAGUGGGACAACAAUGGUGAUAUCUUGAGUAAUUGUACAUUCCAUUGUCCUUUUCUUAACAAAACUUUCACCUAUGAGCACAAAAUAGAGGAAGAGAGAUGCGGGAAUUUGUUUGCUGCUUCAUUUUGUGCAUCAAAAUAUGGUUGGUUACUUUUACAGAGAUCCGAAAAAGCGUUUGUAUAUCAUCCUCUUACAAAGGAGAUUAUCAAACUUCCUGAUAUGGGUAUCAACUUCAAUAGGUCUACAUUCUCCUCAAUUCCAACUUUGCCAGAUUGUGUUUUCUUUGCCGUGCAAACUAAAACUAAGAACAAAAUGCUUUGUAUUAAGACUUGCCAUCAUGGUGAUCUAAGAUGGAGAAAACAUAUUUAUUGUGGUUUCAAGCUGGCAAUAGAGGAUGUAGUUUACAGCAAUGGAACUUUUUAUUGUGUUUUUAGCGGUGGAGUGUUGGGGGCUUACUCUGUUGCUUUCGAAGAAUGGAAAUUACUUACAGAUACGACGCCAAUCUUAGAUGUACGAUCAGAAAUCCGAAUGGUUGAAUCUGAUGGGGACCUUUUGCUGGUAUAUCCUUCUUUGCGCUUUUUUCAUAUUUUCCGGUUUGAUUGGUCACUGAUGACUUGGGUUGAGCAAGAUAGCUUAGGGAACAAAGCAUUACUGCUUGGUUGUACUUCGUAUUCAAUUUCAGCAGAGAAAGAAACAUCAGCUCUAGCAGACAAGAUCUAUUAUCAUGGUCACGAGAACACUUUCUUCUACUCCCUCAAGACCCAUGAAUCUCACAAAUGUUCUGAAUUCUAUCCUUGGGUAACUCGGCGUGCACCAGAAAAAAUCUGGAUUGAACCCCCUGAGGUUUAG